UGUGGGUGUGUCUUAUUCCGUCCGGUUUCAUUCAUAACUAAGAUCGGCAUUUAACGCCCAAAUUAAACUAUGCGGAGAAGGCUGACGCUAUUUGCGUGUGAUGGACAGCGUCAAAUGGACCACAUGAAGUAACCCAGAAUAAGGGUUCACUCUCUCUGACCUGGACCAUGAGCAAUGACUCGCCUGUACUGACAAGCCUGACGGAGAACUCCACCGAGGUGCCAGUGUCAGCAGGACGGGUGGAGAACUAUGUGAUCCUGCUGGUCCUGCUGUGUGUGUUCGCUGGAGGUUCACUGAUCCUGUUGCUGUUCUGUCACCGCUGCUCUGUGGGCAGCCGCCGAUACUCCAGGGCCAGUGAUGAUCCAGAGAAGACUAAUACCACCUAUGUGGAGGAUUCACAGCCCACACAAGACAUCACUAUAAGGCUAGAUGAGUCAGAUGCUCUCUCACCGUCUAGCUGCCAUGAUGAAGAGACAGACAGGUUCAUGUCCACCUGCUCUACUGGCCGCCGUGUCUCCUUCAAUGAAUCAGCUCUUUACGAAAAGGAGAGCAAGACUCAGGACAAAGGACGCAGAUACACCCUCACAGAAGGGGACUUCCAUCACCUGAAGAAGGCCCGUCUGACCCAUCUCCCCCUGGCCCCCCCUCCCUCUACCCUGAAGAUCCUCACCAUCAUGGAGUGUGAGUCUACAGAGAGCAGCAGCCUCAACGUCAACGAACCGCCCACUCCCAAACUCCCACUGUACCCCCUCUACCAGUCUUCUGAGAGGGCUGGGCCCGCCUGGUUGUGCCAGAGCUCUGGUAGUGCCCUCCCUGGAGACAUCCACCACUACAUCCUACUGGACUCCAGACUCAGCCACAGUCCACCAAUUCUGUGCCCCCCAACCCCCCGCUCCAGAACCGCGGAGGCCGUAGGGGACGGACCAUGGGUUAGGACCGAAGGAGGGAGGGAGAUUACAGGGAUGAGAGGAGUGAGGGGAACGUUUCCGGCCCCCGUCCACCGGGGUUCCGUUCUGCACUUCUUCUGCAAACUGAGACGGCAUGCCAGCUUGGAGGGGGCCGGGCCUUACUUCAGGAAGUGGAAGUUUGACAGCAGCCAUCGUGCCGCCAGUCUAGAUGCCAAAGGCUCUCCUAAGAAACGUCCAUUCCAGAGACAGAGAGCAGCCAGUGCUAACACAGACCCAACUGAAGAGGACUCACCCCCUCCUCACCCUUCUCCCCCUCUCCACCGUGACAUCAUCCAGCCCCUCCCCUCCGCACACAGCCAGAGCAGCGGCCUCCAGCGUCUCUCUGCAGGGUCGCUAUUGCCCCCCACCAGCCCACCCUCACCCUGUCUCAGCAGGUUAGAGGUGGAUGCGGUGGUAGAGGGUGCCAGCAGCAGCAGGACAGAGAGAAACGCAACUCACCCACCACCAGAACCCCCUGAGACCCAAGAGAGAGGGCAAGAGCCUGGGGAGGAAGCGACGAGAACAGGGACAGGGUUAUGGAGAGAAGCUGGGGCAGUGACAAGAACAGAAGCAAGAGAGGAGGUCAAUGAAUGGGUUGGGCCAGGAGAAGAGUCAGAUGAAGAUGAAGAGGAAGAGACAGAUAUUUUAGGGACAGAACAAAGGGUGGGUAUGGGAUCAGAGAUAAUGGAAGGUCUGUGUGCAGACGAAGCCCAAGAGGGAGGAGAACGUUUCCAGGCAGAGCUAGGAGCUGUGGCAAGGAUAAGGGCAAGGACUGCGGAUGGGUUGGGGGCCACUCCAAAUACAGAAGCAGGGAUGGGGGUAAGAGCCAAGACAGGGGUAGGGGCUGUUCUGGGAACAGAAAGAGAGGUCGAGUCAGGAGACAGGUUUGAGUCAACGUUAGAGGUGGGGGCAAUAAUAGGGGCAGAAUUAGUAGUUGAGGCAGGGCUAGGGGCAUCAGGGGUGAGGAUAAAGGCAGAUUCUGGAUCAGGGUUAGAAGGGGUGCUAAGUGCUGGAGCAGGGCCAGGGUUAUGGGAAGAUCCAGGGCCUCGAUCAAGGUCUGGGUCUGGGGUGUGUAUCAGUCGACAGGAGAGCUCUGAGACCCAGCCCUCCCUGUACAGAGACAUCUGGAGCCUGCGAGCCUCUCUGGAGCAGUAUGCCUCCUCGGACCAGAGCAGCACGGACAGGGAGUCCAUACGCAGCGACGCCGACAGUGUGUGUUCACUAGGAGGCGCUGCAGCCCGGUCCGGCUUUGCUGCCUGUCUCUCCCAGGACCUUGGCGACGAACUGGAGGAAGAAUGGGAGUAUGGGGACACAGGAAGGGAGGGGGGAGACAGAGGACAGAGGGAGACAGAGGGGGAGGCGGAAUACAGGGACACUGGAAGAAACAUUGGGCACAGGGGGGUCCAGAGGAGAGAUAGUGAGGGAGGAGGAGGAGAAGGCGGAACCGGGGUAGGAGGAGGAGGUGAAGGGGAGGCGGGCAGCCGGAAGCUCCUGCAGAUGGAUAGUGGGUACACGUCCAUUGAGGCUCCGAUGCGGGCCCCUGAGGAGCUGAGGCUGUUCGGGGCCCCUGUAGGCCCUCGAGGGAAGACGGCGUCAGAGAGAAGGCUGUUCUUCACCAGCUCUGGGAGGAAGGGCACCGUGUGUGAGAGCUUCGAGGCCAAGGUGUUCCAGGAGGAGCUGGAGGAUGAGAUUGGAAAGAGUACUGAGGGGGAAGAGAAACCUUUGAAGAGGUCCCCAAGGUCUACUAAUGGAGGAAAGACGCUUAUUCUCAAAGAACCACCACAUUCGGUAUCACCACUAAAAUCGCUACAACUGCAACAACUGCCGCUACAGUCGCCCCAACCCCAACCUCUUCCCUCGCCACGGCCCGUACGCCUCCGUCGGCGUGACUACAGCAUAGACGAGAAGACGGACGCACUGUUCAACGAGUUCCUGCGUCACGAUCCCCGCUUCGACCAGCAGGAGUCGCCACUGCGCUCCCGGCACCGCUCGCGCAUCCACCUUCGCAAGCAGUGGCAGCGCCACAAGCAGUACAGCGACCCGGGGUCUGGUGCUGGGGGGCGCUACUCGCCCUCUCUGGAGAGGCAGAGUUUCAGACCCUUACGGAGGGGCGACAGUGCGGGAUACCCUCUAGACACACGCUAUCACAGCACACUGUCUCGUAUCGCCAGCGCAGCCGACGAGGAGACCAGUGAGGGGGUGGUUAGCGAGGGAGCAACCAAUGAGGGUGCGGCCUGUGAGGGUGCGGUGCAUGAGAGCACAGACGUUAAGGAGUCAACCAAUCAGGGCACAGGGAAUGAGACUGUAGCCAAUCAGGACGCAGCUAGUCUGUCAUCUGACACACUGAGGGCUGAGGCCAGUGAGAUGGACCCGAGGGUAGACAAUUACAACAACAACAGUAGCCAAGUUUUGACUCUAUCAGAGAGUUACUCCUCUGUCCCCACACAGAACUCUCCUGUGGCUCUCCCUAAGUCCCUGAAAGACUCCCACAUAGAUCCCCCUAUUCUCCACAUUGAAGAACCUGAAACCCCAGGCUUAAAUCCCCAUCCUCAGCCCCAGGAUCAGGCUCCAUCCCCUUGCCUGUCUGAUAAGCUUUCUGUGACCCUGGAGGACAGGCUCUACACUGGGCUGUGGAGGACAGGGCAGGGUCAGGGAGGACCAGAGUAUGUGGUUGGAGCCAUCUCCCUCUCCUCUUCUCCUGAGCCCUCCAGCCCUGUGUAGCCGGCCGCCAGUUAGGUACAUGUCAUCUCACUUCAGUUCAUUCAAUGGAUGAUUUUGUUCUAUUUCUACUAUAUAACAUUAAAUAAACAAAAGACCUUCCCACAUGUAAGUGACACACCCUUUUCUCUGGCUUUGAACACUUCCUCGUGACUGAUAUCACUUCCUGUACAGGUAUAGGCAUCUGCAUUGCUUGCUGUUUGUGGUUUUAGGCUGGGUUUCUGUACAGCACUUUGUGACAUCGGCUGAUAUAAAAAGGGCUUUAUAAAUACAUUUGAUUGAUUGAUAGUUCGUGCUAUCUGGGGUCCUUGGGGUGUCCCAAUCCUAAACCUAACCUUAACCCCUACCCUAACCAUAACCCUAACCCUUACCUAACCUUAACCGUUUUAAAUUUCAACUUCAAUUGGGUGACAUCAGAUUUGACACGUCCCAAGGAUACCGUUUAGACUUAGAGGCUCUGAUACAGGUUUCUUGACUGAUACUUUACGCAAUUCAUAUGAUAUGACAAUAUGGCUAUUGGCUGCACUCUCUAUUCUCUUCCAGUGUGACUCCCUACAGCCUUAUGUUACCAUGAAACUAGGUGCUGUGGCAUCUUUUCUGGUAGACUAUGAAAGAUAGAAAUCUGCGACCUUAGAUUUCCAUAUUUACUGGUAUAUUCUUGCUUUAGAUAGAUAUUAAUCUCGGUUAACCCAGAACUAAAACCUUGCGUAAAUUGGUCAACAUAUUCGAGCAACAGUAGUUGUCACGAAGGGAUAUCUAUGUCAGUAAUCAAGUUUUCAAGAUAUAGAAAUUUCAAAAUAUAGAAAUACAGCCGGUAUGAUGCAUUUUGUAAGUUAUAUAUCUUUGAGAACUUGAUUACUGACAUGCAAAAUAUGUUUGGACUAUAUCAACAAUGGAAUGAAACAUAUACCGAAAUAUAAUUUUUGGGUGAAAUUUUCCUUUAAGCACUGCCUUCGCCCUAAUCCUGAUGCUCCAAAUAACCAGUGAUGAAAACCCAAAGACCAGAACUUUGUCCCAUGCAGCCCAUCCCUUCGUGACAGAUUAUACGUUUCUACGAGAGAUUAGAUAGCUAUCCUUGCUAGGAAAUUAGAUAUCCAAUUCCUAGCUAGAUUGUUGCUAGCAUUUUAACACACCCCUAUCCAUAUUGACGGGACGGCAGUGGAGAAGGUGGAAAGCUUCAAGUUCCUCGGUAUACACAUCACUGACAAUCUGAAAUUAUCCACCCACACAGACAGUGUGGUGAAGAAGGCGCAACAGCGCCUCUUCAACCUCAGGAGGCUGAAAAAAUUUGGCUUGGCCCCUAAAAUCCUCACAAACUUUUACAGAUGCACAAUUGAGGACCUCCUGUCGGGCUGUAUCACCGCUUGGUACGGCAACUGCACCGCCCACAACCACAGGGCUCUCCAGCGGGUGGUGCGGUCUGCCCAACACAUCACCAGGGGAAACUACCUGCCCUCUAGGACACCUACAGUACCCGAUGUCACAGGAAGGCCAAAAAGAUCAUCAAGGACAACAACCACCCGAGCCACUGCCUGUUAACCCCGCUGUCACCCAGAAGGCGAGGUCAGUACAGGUGUAUCAAAGCUGGGACCGAGAGACUGAAAAACAGCUUCUAUCUCAAGGCCAUCAGACUGUUAAAUAACCAUCACUAGCCGGCUUCCACCCGGUUAAGCAACCCUGCACAUUAGAGGCUGCUGCCCUAUGUACAUAGACUUGAAAUCACUGGCCACUUUAAUAAUGGAACACUAGUCACUUUAAUAAUGUUUAAAUCAUGUUUACAUACUGCUUUACUCAUCUCAUAUGUAUAUAUUGUAUUGUAUUCUAUUCUACUGUAUUUUAGUCAAUGCCACUCCAACAUUGCUCGAACUAUUAUUUAUAUAUUUCUUAAUUCCAUUAUUUUACAUUUAGAAUUGUGUGUAUUGUUGUGAAUUGUUAGAUACUACUGCACUGUUUUGAGCUAGGAACACAAGCAUUUCGCAACACCUGCAAUAACAUCUGCUAAAUAUGUGUAUGUGACCAAUAAAAUGUGAUUUGAC